UUGCUUCAAGCGUUCAGUUGUUCGCUCCAUUUUUGGACGUGUAGUAAAUUUUCUAACAUUUAAAUAUUUGUGUUUCCUUAUAAAUUUUCCGUAAUGUUGAAAAAAUUCUUAAAUUUGUCUGCCGUGGGGCUCUGUCGGGUCGUCGCCAAGCGGCCGUCGCCAUCGCAGCUACUCCUGAGGACCUACGCAAGCAUUGACCCGCAGUACACUGGCAACAGUUUCGCCACGGAUCAGCAGGACAAUGGCAACAAGUACACGGAGGAGCCGGAGGCUAACGCCAGCCAGAUCGUCGUGUACAGCUACCCCGUACCUCAUCGCCAGUCAUUAAUACGACAGCUGCAAGAAGCCAAUCAAGAAGAGAAACUACUAAAGGAAGCAAAAAGCGAGGAACAGUCGAUGAUGCCGCAAGAACUCAAAGGAGUGCCGGCAAAACGUCAAACAAAAGAUGCAAAAUGCAAGGAAAAGGAGCCAAAAGAAGAUUCCAAUAACGCUGUGCCCAAAUUUGAGCGACUGAAGUUUGAAGGCAACGUGCCAUAUCGUAAGCCCAAGACCGAGCACGGCAUCAAGUACGACAAGGUGUCGGCAGCAGUGCGAAUGAAUCGUCUGGGCAAGAAGUCCUAAAAGCGAUUAUUAAGUGAGGUUUGAGGGAGAAGCAGCAAAGAGAGCAGUAGAGGAAGCAGCAGCUAGGAGACUGGAGUGAGGAGCAAACCAGCUGCAGGAGGAGCUCUAGCUACAGCAACACCAAGAACGCUCUGCAGACCGUCAGGCCCCCACAGUUUGUUGUGUGUUUAAGUGCCGAAUAA